AUGAUUCAAAAUUUUGACCAAAGUGAUCGUCGGAUUCUCACAUUUCCGGCAGUUCAUCCUUGUGAAGGCAUCUCCCCGGCAACCCUUCUCAAUUCUUUAAUCAAGCUCGCUCAAAACAUAUGCAAUUACCAAUCAAAGUUGUUUGCUACACAAAGGAAAAACGCCCGUCAAAUCAUUCGACAAAUCGGUCUUCUUCUUCUAUUUUUCGAGGAAAUAAGAGACUGUGGGUUGGUUCUUUCUGAUUCGGUUGUUCUUUGCUUCUCAGAGCUCCACCUUGCCUUUCAGAAAGUCCAGUUCUUGUUGGAAGAUUGUACGCGUGAAGGUGCAAGGCUAUGGAUUCUAAUCAAGUGUCAAGUAGUUGCCACACAGUUUCGAGUACUAAUUCGAGCAAUAGCUACAGCUCUUGAUGUUUUGCCAUUGAAUUUGAUUGAUGUCGGUGAUGAAGUGAAGGAGUUGGUUGAAUUAGUAGCAAAGCAAGCACGAAAGGCUAAAAUUGAAGCAGACCCUGAAGAUGAAUGGGCAUUGACACAAGUGUUUUCAAUAUUGGAUCAUUUUGAGAAGGGAAUUGAGACUGAUUCCAGCUUCUUGAAACGGGUUCUUGAUUGUCUUGAGAUUAGAAACUGGAAUGAUGUUAACAAGGAAAUCAAGUUCUUGGAAGAACAAAUUGAUUUUCAGUCCUCAGAUUGUGAUGAAAGAGAGGUUCCAUUUCUAAGCAGCUUGCUGGGUUUAAUGAGCUACUGUAGGGGAGUGAUUUUUGAGACAUGGAAUCAUCGCAACAAUGAUCAAAGCGAUGCAAGGCACAGCAUUGAGGCUCUUAGUUGCAUCAAUACUGAAGAUUUUCGAUGCCCCAUUUCACUUGAGCUGAUGACUGAUCCGGUAACUGUAUCAACUGGGCAGACUUAUGAUCGGUCUUCGAUUCAAAGAUGGCUCAAAGCUGGAAAUAUGACCUGUCCAAAAACAGGUGAGAGGCUGACAAGUACAGAGUUAGUUCCCAACACCACUCUCCGAAAGCUGAUCCAACAGUUCUGCGCCGAUAUUGGCAUUUGUUCAUCUAAUUCAGGAAGCCGAAGUCGAGACAUAGCCAGGACCAUCUCUCCAGGUAGUCCUGCAGCAGCGGAGGCAAUGAAAUUCCUUUCAAGGUUUCUUGCGAGAAGGCUGGUUUUCGGUUCAAGUGAGCAGAAAACAAAGGCUGCUUACGAAAUUCGGUUGCUUGCAAAAUCAAACAUUUGUAAUAGAUCUUGUUUGAUUGAUGCAGGCACAAUCUUACCUCUCAUAAACCUUCUAUCUUCUUCUUUAGACCACUAUACACAAGAGAUUGCUAUUUCAGCUUUAUUGAAGCUCUCAAAGCAUAUUUGUGGUAAGAAAGAGAUCAUUGAGAGUGGUGGAUUGAAGCCGAUUGUUGCAGUUCUUAAAAGGGGAUUGAGUUUGGAAGCAAAGCAAAUGGCAGCUGCCACAAUUUUUUACCUUGCUUCAGUGAAGGCAUAUCGGAAACUGAUAGGAGAAACACCUGAAGUAGUUCCAGCCCUCGUGGAACUAAUCAAGGAUGGGACCACUUGUGGCAAAAAGAAUGGAGUUGUGGCGAUUUUCGGGCUGCUUCUACACUCAGGGAACCACCAAAGGGUGUUUGCAUCCGGUAUUAUUCCAUUGUUGAUGGAUAUUUUGUCUUCCUCAGAUAACAAUGAACUCAUAGCAGAUUCACUAGCAGUCCUCGCAGUUAUAGCUGAAAGCGUUGAUGGGACAUUUGCAAUCCUGCAAACUUCGGCCUUAUCUACAAUCCCCAGGAUUUUGCAAUCUUCGCCAUCUAGAGCUGCCAGGGAGUAUUGCAUCACUGUUCUGUUAAGUCUGUGCAAAAAUGGCGGUGCAGAAGCGAUUGCGAUUUUAGCGAAGGACCAUUCUGUCAUGAGUUCACUAUAUUCACUUCUAACAGAUGGGACUUCUCAUGGUAGCAGUCAGGCUCGUGCUCUGAUAAAAAUUCUACACAAAUUUCAUGAAACAAGUUCUUCAGGAAUGAUUGCUUCAGAAGUUCCAUGUGAACGACAAGUUCGUGUGCGGUAA